AUGCAUACCUACACAGGCCAAGCCUACGACCCGUUUCUGCCCGGCAAUGCCUCGUCCCCGGCACGGCCACGGCCCCGGCGGUCGCUAAGUCGAAGCCUUGGUCUCGUUCGCAUUAUCCUACUCUUGUUAGGCACCCUCGUCAUUCUCGCCGUCGUUGGCUUCUUGAGCUUCCUCUGGCGAGGCGCCAGUGAGGCCGUCGGCCAAGGCGACCGGCCCGUCUUCGAGGUCCUCCGGGUUUGGCGGCGCAUCCUCGACUCAGGAUGGCUUCUCAGGCUCGUCACCAUGUCUUCGCUCCUCUACCGCGUAGUGGCCGCCGCACAGGCGGCCGUCGCCACGGAGAUGCUCGCGUCCCUUAUCCUCGAGAGUGGCGGCUGCCUUCUCCCCGACCUCGCACGCCUGUCGCUGACGCGCUGCCAGACCGCCGGACCGUUUCAGCUGGCCUUGGCCAUGCCUCAACAGCUCCGCGGCGCGGCGAAUCUCGCCACGGCCGGGUUGCUGGCCGUGCUGCUGAUAGUCACGGCUGCGACGCAGUUUACCUCUACCAUCCUACUGACCGACUUUGGUGCCGCUCGCGUUGUCGGCGGCCCAGCCACCUUCAACGUUAACUUCGGCUUUACCUACACUAUUAACCACCCGAGCAGCGAUGAGUCCUCCAACCUCUUUAGCCCUUACGCGGGUGUUGACUACUGGACGAGCCGCCCGCCGGCCUAUCUCCGCUUCGCCGAGGUGUCGACGCCGCCCGUCGAGGAGGACGGCGUUUACGAUACGGGGUUCACGGCCCGCGCCUUUCUCCCCUUUGUCAACUCGACCCAGCGCGUCACCGUACGCACCUACGAAGGGCCAGCGACCGUUGUCGACGCCCGCGUCGUGUGCAUCCGUCCGCGACUGAGCACCCUUUCGGUCAAUCUAACAGGCGGCAGCACGCUCUCCCUCGCCGGAACCGUCGCAUUGGGUGGCACGUACAAAGGCCUAGAGACGAUGUCAUUGGAGACCUCGGACUUCUCGUGCCCCGUCGCUAUGGGUAGGGCCAACGACAGACCUCCACAGCGCAAGAUCUCCCUGUGUCCCGUGGCUUCCAGCCCCGCCCUCAUGCAGGGCGGCGUUCGGCCAGACUUGUCAACGUAUACUUCGGCCUACCUGCUCAUCAACUCGACCGCCACCCCCGAGGCUUGGCGAGUCAGCAGCCUCAUCGGCACCAGGCGCCUGACCAUAUCGGACCUCACCGAGGCAAGCCAGUCCCAGGGAACCUGGCAGUCCCUCCGUGUCAAGGGCAACCCGGCCGUCGGCAUCGACGCGACCCUGUGCUUCAUCAACCCCAUCCCAUGGGACUAUAAGAUCUUUGCUACCGGCUCCCGGGACGGCUCCGAGCCUACCCUGCGCUGGAAUAUCUCCACGGGCGCCUACAGCAGCGAUGCCGCGCGCUCCCUCCUUGGCGCCGUCCUGGCCCCCGCCGCCCCCGAGGACCGUGGCCUGCUCCGCCUCGCGGCACCGGCCGACUGGAGCACCAGCAACGCCACCGAUGCCUUCGACACCCCGAAGACGAUCAAUUAUAUCUGGACAGCCCUAAGGGCCAACGCCCAGAACGUUAGCCUGAGCCUUUCCCAGCGGGAGAACAAGGACGGCGAGCCGCUGCUGGUUCCGCACCGCGCGCACAUCGGGCUAUUCCAGGACGUCCUAGCGCAUACUGGGGGCAAUGCGGCGCUGGCACUGCAGGCACUCUUCUUCACGAUGCUCCAGAUGGCGUACACCGACUACGCCGCCGAGUUUGACGUUGCGGCCGAGGCGGCGGCGCUCUUCUCGCACGAGGCUAUCAUGCCAAUGCGGUGGCGCGGGUUCAUGGGCUUCUGUGCCGUCACGGGCACGCACAUUGCGUUAGUCUUCGCCGUGGCCGUCGUGUUCUUCGUCCAGACGAGGGUCAGCAUGCUGGGGAACGCGUGGCAUGCCAUGGGGCAGGUUGUCGAGCUGGCGGGCGGCGAGACGGUGCACGCCGCUGCGCAGAGGACGGACAAGGAGGUAAGGGAAGACCUAUACGCUGCCGGGCGGGCUGAGAGGCGGGUGGAGUUAAGGCUCGCUGCAUAA